AUGGCCUUCGAGUAUCCGGUCGAAACUGCGUCAGAAAAAGCCAAAGAGGUAUAUGUGCGCUUGGUGCAAACCGAUGAUCAUAAUCCGCCAGAUCUUGUCAUCGGCGCUGACACAGUGAUUGUGUACGAUGGUGAGAUCUUGGAGAAGCCUGUUGAUAAAGUCGACAAUGUCCGCAUGCUCGCUGAUUUAUGCGGUCGCUCUUUUCAUGUGAUCACAGGUGUGGCUCUUGUGCAUCCCAUACUCUCUGCUCCUGGCUACCAGAUCCGCACCGUGUGCGAACAAACGAAAGUGCACUUUGCCGAUGUGCCUGCGCCGUUACUGCAGGCUUAUGUUGAGUCUGGCGAAGGAUUGGAUCGUGCUGGUGGUUUUGCUAUACAGGGGCGCGGUGCUUUGUUGAUCCGGGGGAUUGAAGGCGACUACAACAAUGUCGUAGGCUUCCCAUUGUACAGCGUGUUUGACCUUCUGCACAAUCUCGUGGAGAAUGAAGAGCUUGACCUUGAAGGCAUGGACAUGUAA